AUGAUGGCCGGGUACCGCCGCGCCAUCUCGUUCCCGGCCCCGAAGCCCGCGGCGGACGGCGCCUUCGCCCUGGCGACCGCGAGCGACAAGCUGGCCACGUACCGCAUCCGGUCGUCCAGCCUCCCCUGCCGCUUCCACCCGCUGCUGCUGCAGCUGGACGACGACGUGGCCGCGCUGCGCCUCGUGAUCGGCCAGUCGUCCCCGCCCCGCAGCCCGUCCGCGUUCGCGGGCGCGGGCUCACCGCCGCCGCCGCCGCCGUCGGCGUCGUCCGUGUCCGCGGCGGCGUCGCAGGUGUGCCGUGUCCUGGUCUCGCUCUCGGAGCUGCUGCACCACCCGCAGGCGCAGGAGCCGCUGCGCCGCCUGGGCCGGUGGCCGCGCCUCGCGGAGCGGCUCCUCGACGACUUCCUCCGCCUCGCUGACGCGCACGGCAGCUUCCGCCAGGCGCUCGUCGCGCUCGCCGCGCUCCAGGCCGAGACACGCGCCGCGCUGCGCCGCGGCGGCGACCCGGCCAGGCUGGCGUCCGCGUCGCGCGCGCAGCGGCGCGCGGCGCUCGACCUCCCGCGCCUCGCGGCCGCCGUGCGCGCCGUGGCCGCCAGGGCCCCUGCGCCGCUCCCCGAGGGCCUCCCCGCGGACACCGCGGCGCUCGCGGCCGCCGUCGCCGACGCCACCGUCGCCGUGGCGUCCGGCUCCGCGGCCGUCUUCUCGGGCCUCUCCUCGCUCUCCAUCUCCGCCGCCUCCGCCCGCGUCGAGGUCGCAUCCACGCCUUGCUGGGUCACCGCCGCCCCCGCGAGACUCGCCGGCGGCUCGUCGGACGCGCCGAGGACCAGCAGCCGCCACUGCAUAUGGUGGGUGGCCGACCUUGUGCGCUGGAUGUCGCGCGCCAAACGGCGGUCCGCCGAGAAGCAGAACGGCGGCGACGACGAGGACGAGUCUUCCACCGUGCAGCUCCGGUCCGAGGCGCGCAUGAAGCCCGAGGAGAGGGCGCGGAAGGCGUCGUUCGAGCGGCACGAGAACUUGGAGCGGUGCAUCGCCAACGUCGACGGCAGCGGCGAGAAGGUGUUCCGAGCGUUGGUCAACACCAGAGUGUCCUUGCUCAACAUUCUCAGCCCGGGCUUCUGA